AACACUCAAGAGGAAAAUCGCUAGGAUCGUGUGCAGUGUGUUUCACGUGGCCUAUUGUUUGCACCUUAUUCAAAACCUCGCAGUUCAGGAGACUAGUGGCGUAAGAUGGAUAUCUCGAGCGAUGUGUGGAACCAAGUGGCCCUGGAAGCUUCGCAGCUUUACUUUACUGAAGAUGGCAAAAGCCCCUUCGCAAAUACGUCCAUCGAGAAGCUGCCGGAUAAGGUGAUAUUGCACAUUUUUUCCUAUCUCAGCCAUUUGGAAAUAUGCCGCUUGGCGAUUGUAUGCCGUCGUUGGCGAACGCUUGCUUACAACACUCAGUUGUGGAAGAACGUGUCCCUGCGCCCGGAAGUAUCAGGUUUACACGUGGGCUCACUAGAGUCCCUGCUCUCGCUGAUAUCCGUCCGAUUUGGUCCUUCUCUGCGCUACAUCGAGCUGCCGAUCGAACUGAUCACUCAUACCGUGCUGCACGAACUGUCCUCCAAAUGUCCCAACCUUACUCAUAUGCUGUUGGAUUUUUCAACCGCCAUGCAGCUUCACGACUUCAGCGAAAUGCAGGCAUUUCCAGCCAAACUGCGCUACAUGUGCAUCUGCCUGUCGGAGGUGAUCUUCAUGGAAGGCUUCAUGCGCAAAAUUUAUAAUUUCAUUAAUGGUCUCGAAGUACUGCAUCUGAUCGGUACGUAUGAAAAGGGCGAAGAAGAGGAAGAAGAAAUCUACGAGGUGAUCAACGUGCACAAGCUGAAGUCUGCUACCCCGAACUUGCGCGUCAUCAAUCUGUACGGUAUCAAUUUUAUCGAUGACUCGCACAUCGAUGCAUUCAGCUCGAAUUGCAUCCAGCUUGAGUGUCUGGCCGUAAACUACUGUAACAAAGUAACGGGUUCAACUCUAAAGCCGCUCCUAGCCCGUUCGAAGCAGCUCAAGUGUUUACUGAUGAACGGCACCAACCUCAAGUCCGAGUACGUUAUGCAGGCCGAAUGGGACAAGUGCUCGGUGCAGGAACUGGAUAUCUCGGGAACGGAUCUGUCGACCGAAUGUCUUAUUGAUCUGCUCACUAGAAUACCGACGCUGCGCUUUCUUAGUGCAGGCCAGAUCAAUGGGUUCAACGAUUCCGUGCUGAAGGCAUGGAUGGAAGGGGGCAACCCGAAAACACUCAUCGCGCUUGAUCUGGACUCGUCGGACAACCUGUCCGACGAAGCACUGGCCCGCUUCAUUACGCGCUACGGCGCUCAGCUGCAGGCGUGCGUUCUUUCGGGCAUGACACAUAUCACUGAUCAGCUGUGGAUGACGAUUAUGCCGGUGCUCACGAACAUCCGCAUUAUCGUAAUGGGCACGACAGAACGUUUGAGCGGUAAUAUACACGUCGAUCAGCUAAUGGACACAAUCGGGUCAGCGUGCACCAAACUGGAACGGCUGGAGCUUCGUUGGGAUCCGGAAAAUCUUCGUUUCUCCGAUAAAAGCCAAAAGGCAAUCGACUUGCUACGCGUGAAGUGCCUAAAGUUGCGCUGUCUUGUGCUGAAUGAUGGCCGCUACUAUGAAACGGUGAAGGCCAAUUUCGAACGUGCUGAUCGCACAACUGUUGUGCGCACUACCACCAGUUGUCGCGUAUCUGCGUACCAUGUUCUCAGCAACUACAACGAUUUGAUCUUCAACUAGUCGCUUGUUUUACGAGAUAUUUUUCAAUGUCUUACAAACAAAAGGAUGGCUGCGGGCCCCUAUAACGUAUGGUUUUAUUGAUUGUUACUCUGUUGCGUUUUUCCAUUGUUGUUUUCAAAUAUAGAGCAAAAAAACUUCAGAAAUAAAGAUAGAGUUUGUUCACGUUCAAUGCA